AGUCUAAAACCGGAAAGAACCCACUCUUGGCGCAACUUGUGCUCUCCGAGUUCACCUCCGUCGCAACCAAGGUCGUCUUUAACAGUACGACUACUACAAGCUUGCUUCUGAUUCGACUUGGUCACAAUGGCCACUGAUCCUAAGACGGUUUUUGCCCCUCCAAAACGGGCUAAUUCCGACUAUCCGUUGAUUGAUUCCGACCCGCACCUGAGACGAGUCUUUGGAUAUGCGAGGCCUUCUGAUUAUGCUGUUGCUGGUGGAGCAGCUGCCGCCUCACCACUAGCAUUCUGGGCUAUGGAAAGGGUGAGCCCAUCUCAUGUUGGCAGAGGAGGUUUCGCCCCUGUGAUGCGGCUAGCAACAGCAAUCGGCCUCAUUGGAGGUCUCCAUGUGCUCUACCAAAGAUCUUGCAAUCGCUUCUAUGGUUUCACCGAGAAUUCGAGGGAAGUUGAGAUGGAUACAAGAGAGAUGGUUGACAAGGUCAAGAGAGGUGAAUCUCUGUAUGGCACCUCGAAGGUGUCUACUUAUCUGCAAGGAGUUGCGGCCAGGAACUCGCGGUAUUCAGAGUUAUUCAUUCAUGUUCUUCCCUGGUUCAACAUUGUAAACCAUGACCAGCAUGGCGUGGACACAGCUAAGUACUAUCAGCAAGCUGAGCGUGAGCUCGAAGCGGAGCGUUUGGCGAAGGCUGGGUCUGCGUGAAAAUAUUAUUGGUAUGGAUCAUCAAGCUGAGCUGUAGCUUGCGGGGUCUGGUAUAUUUAUUCUUUGGGUUUGAUGUGGAUAACAUAAGCGUAUGAGAACUUUCUCAUUUUACCUCUUAACCAUGGCCCUCCUAAGCCACAUGGUAGCGAUAGGUUUUUCCACAGUGCCAGUGCCAUUUUCUAGUGACUUCGGUGGCCUUCCGAGUCCUGCUACCUCCAAGGCCGUAAGGUUGUAGCUCUCAGGUGUCACCCUCAAAUCUUGUAUUUAGUUCUCUGUUUUUCUUGGGGCGAGGCUUGGGUGCUGCCAUAUAGUCAAUAAAUGCUUCGAGUCUUUAACAACGGCAGACAA